AUGUCUUUUACACGGGUAAAUGUUGAUGUGAUCAACCGCUCGCUGGUCGUGUCGGCUCCUACAGGCUCUGGGAAAACCGUGGUGAUGGAGUUGGCCCUCGUGCGCCUCCUGAUGGCCAGGGCGACGGAGGCGGACGCGGAGGAUGCUCCUAUGCCUCCCAGAGUCGUGUAUAUGGCGCCCAUGAAGGCCCUGGUGACAGAGCGGUACAUUGACUGGCAAGUGCGUCUGCGGGAACUGGGUGUUAUUUGUGCAGAGAUCACGGGUGAUACAGAUCACGAUGACAUUGCCGUUAUAGCAAAAUCGCAGGUAAUUCUCACAACUCCGGAAAAAUGGGAUUCCCUCACUCGCCGCUGGAGGAACCACGUCGCUCUCAUGGAAGCCGUAUCACUCCUGCUCAUAGACGAGGUACACGUGUUGGGUGAUCAAACCCGAGGUCCUACCAUGGAAGCGGUUGUGUCGCGGAUGAAGACCAUACGCGCGACGAGGCCUUCCGCUUCGCCCCAUGGGCUUCCCCUCAGGUUUGUUGCGGUUUCGGCAACGAUUCCCAAUGCAGAAGACUUGGCGGUUUGGUUGUCAGAUGGACAGAGCCCUGCUGUGACACACAAGUUAGAGGAGUCGUUACGACCAGUGAAGCUCCGUCGGGUCGUUCUCGGCUACGACUGCCCUGAGUCUUGGAGUGAGUUUAGGUUCGACUUGUCUCUCACGUACGCUCUGGCCUCGGUCAUUGCUACUUACAGUGAGAAUAAACCCACGCUGGUGUUUGCCUCAACACGCAAGGGGGCACAAAUGGCCGCUUCAACACUGAGCAAGGAAGCACGUCUUGUGAGGAACUCCAGCCAUAAGCAACUCCUAACCUCCGUCGGCAAUCUCCUUCGGGAUAACAAACUCAGAGAAUGUCUGCUCGCCGGGGUAGCUUAUCACCACGCCGGCCUAGACAUGGCUGACCGUCGCCAGGUGGAAGAACUCUUUACGUCCGGCCAUUUGCCCGUUCUUGUGUCCACAAGCACUCUCGCCAUGGGCGUGAAUCUGCCGGCGCACCUGGUGGUAGUGAAGUCCACCUCUCAGUACAACGGGAGCGCGGGCGGCCAUGAAGAAUACUCCACUGGCCAAAUCCUACAGAUGAUCGGGCGUGCGGGGCGUCCUCAGUUCGAUAGACACGCGACCGCUGUUAUUAUGACCAAGAGGCAGCUUAAGGUAAGGAGGAGAUGUAGACGUGAAAAGAGCCAGGCGAGAUUUUUUUUUUAUCAUGACUAUGAGGCAAAUUAACGUAAGGUGAAGAGUUAUAUGUGAAAAGAACCAGGAGAGAUCUUUGUUAUUAUUUUUGUAUCACUAUUUUUGUAUUACUAAGAAGCAACUAAAGGUAAGGAGAUGAUGUUGACAUGAAAAGAGUAAGGAUAUUUCUUUUUUGUCAUGACCAAGAGGCAGCUAAAGAUAAGGGGAAAAUGUAAACGGGAAAAGAGCCAGGAGAUAAUUCUGUUAUUAUUUUUUGAUAUUAUGACCAAAAGGGAA